AUGACUGACGAGCCUGACGCGUCGGCGGCAGCGCCCCCCAAGGAAUGGAAGCGCAUGUCGUUCCAGGAAGCCAUGGAGCUGGAAAAGCUCCCCGCCGUGGAUCCCGCCGACCAGACGCGUGAAAUCAGAUUCAUGAACCGCCAGCCGCCGUGGAUGCCCGGCAAGGAGCUUCCCUGGGAGUCCAUCGGCGUGUCGGCUGCCAAAAUCACCAGAGGCGCCUACGGUGGGGUCGUGUAUGCCAUGGCUACCCUUGCAGCGGCGCGGGUCGUCGAGGAGGAAGAUACAAAGGGUUCGAGUGAGGAGAAUGAGGGCAGCCGCGCUAUUCAUACCAUCCAGGCUGUCUUCACGAACCCGGGGCUGAUGGACCGGCCAUUCAUUUUCAACGUGUCCGAGAUCCAUUCCAGUCGUUCAUUUUCGACCCGUGUUGUCAACGUUUUCCAGUCCACCGAGCCUUCAGUCAAUCCGUCUGGCCCUUUCCCUAGCUCAGAUGCCACCGCUCCUCCGGGAGACAAGUGCUUUUCUUGCCUCGUCACCUUCAAACGACCCAGCCCGAGCCCUUCUGACGUCCAAGGCUCUUCGCCGCAGGAACGCUACCGGAGCAUCCUGUCCUCGCGGCCACCGGAGGAGUGGGAGCACUGCCCUCAGGCGGACAUUGACGCGGUCAAGGACACCUUUCCCAAUGCUGGACCCGGCGCCUUUCCGAUUCUCGAGAUGCGCAAGGUGGAUAUGCGGUCUUACAACGCCGACAAGGAGCUGCCAGACCGCAGAGAGCUGAUUCUCUACCGCCUGCUCGCCCCGAUCCCGAAGGAGGACGUCAACGCGCACAUCACAUGCCACGCCUUUGAAGCGGACCGUAACGGCAUCAUCAUGCUCGGAAACCACCUUGGCUAUGGGUACAGUCUCGGCGUAGCAGCUACGUUGAGCUACUCUUUCUAUGUGCACGUCAACGCCGAGGAAGCCGUCAUGGACGGAGAUGGAUGGUGGAUCCAGGAGGUCUACUGGCCCCGAUACAGCGCGGGGAGAGGGUUGAUGAUGAGCUUUACGUGGAGCCCCGAGGGCAACCACGUGGCGACGGGAUAUCAAGAUGGAAUUCUCUUUCCAUCGACCUCAAGAGAUUCAAGGAAUGCAAGGCUCUGA